CCCAGGGAAGCCAGCUCCCCGUGCGCAUGGCUGGCUCCUCCCUUCUGCACGUGUGUCCUCCAGGCAGAACUAGGACUUUCCCUCCUUGUUCCCUGUCCCCACGCGUUCCUAGGAGUACCUGGUCUAAGCGAGGAUGUAAGGGGCCAACUGGAGUUUCUCUGGAGUCUCGAAGGAAGGCCCUGCCCGCCUUCCUCCUGCCUGAAGCCUUCUUUCCCCUCUGCACAGACUUGCCUCCUGGGCCUGGUGGGAGGGGCCUCACUCAUGGCACCUUCUCACCACAGGAGCUCUGGGCUUAGUCCUGGGACAUCCCUUUGACACUGUAAAGGUGAGUCUCAGGGAGGCACCAUGGAAUGAAAGAUGUUGCCUGAACCACAUGUCAGGGUGCCCUCAGAGCAGGGCCCAGUGGGCACAGAGGCUCUUUCCUGUCUCCCCGGCCCAGCUGCAUUCUGCUCCGAGGGGCAGGGAGAUGCGCCGGGCUGCAGCCAUGCCUGGCCUGCCCGCCUGCUCUGUCCUCCCCAUCUAGGUGCAGACGCAGACCUCCUACCGGGGCAUCGUUGACUGUGUGGUCAGGACUUAGCGCCAUGAGUCACUUCUGGGCUUCUUCAAGGGAAUGAGCUUCCCCACUGCGAGCAUAGCUGUGGUCAACUCCAUUCUGUCUGGGGUCUACAGCAACACCCUGCUGGCGCUAACAGCAACCUCCCACCAGGAUCGGCGGGCCCAGCCACCCAGCUGCAUGCAUGUCUUCAUAGCAGGCUGCACAGGGGGCUUCCUGCAGGCCUACUGCUUGGCCCCUUUUGACCUCAUCAAAAUCCGGCUACAAAACCAGACAGAGCCACGGGUGCUCGGGGAGACCCCACCCCGGUACUGGGGACGCGUGCACUGUGCAACCUCCAUCUUCCAGGAGGAGGGACCCCGGGGGCUGUUCCGGGGAGCCUGGGCCCUGACGCUGAGGGACACCCCCACCCUGGGGAUCUAUUUUGUCAUCUAUGAAUGGUUCUGUCGCCAACCCACCCCAGAUGGCCAGAACCCCAGCCCAGGUACAGUGCUGGUGGCAGGGGGCUUUGCCGGCAUCGCCUCCUGGGCGGUGGCCCCCCCCUUGGACGUGAUCAAGUCCCGGAUGCAGAUGGCCGGGCUGAAGCAGAGGGAGUACCGGGGGGUGCUGGACUGCGUGGUAAGCAGCGCCCGGCAGGAAGGACUGGGGGUCUUCUUCCCGGGGCUCACCAUCAACAGUGCCCGCGCCUUUCCCGUCAACGCCGUCACCUUCCUCAGCUACGAAUACCUCCUGCGCUCCUGGGGAUGAGCCUGGCCAGGCAAUGUCCGCAGCUCCCCAGCGGCGGCUCCGCCCAGUGACCCUGAUGGGAGGCCAGGGCGGAAGCGCCCAUUGCGGUUCGGGUGUGAGGCUCAGCGCUGCUCCGGAUCACCGCGCGGCCUCGCAGGCGCAGCCGGGGCUGGGGUGCCGGAGGCCAGGGCCCUGGACUCGCCCAGACCCGAGGCUGCUCUCAGCCUCCCAGUAACACGUGCCUCAUUCCUGUGCUGCCCAAGCCCGAGGUAAACUGGCUAGCCCGUGAGCUGUGACCUUCUGGCCCCGGCCAGUGAUGUCACCCCUCAAAGAGCUCUCAGGGCCUGCACUCUACUGCCGGGUGCUAGCCACCCCCUGGAUUCCAGCGACUGCGUCCUCAUCUGCCUUCCACCUCUCCUCCUUUCAAGCGCCCCCCUACCAAACGACUUGAGUAGAUUUUGUGCCUCAGAAUCCUUCGGCGGCUCCCAAAACCUUACGGACAAAACCCAAACUCCCCCACCUACCGGGCUCUCUCUGCACAGGAACCUUCCUGUCCCUCAGCUUCGGCAGCGCGGCCCUGCCUGAGAACAAGCUGUGUUCUCACUGUCCUGGGCCUGGAAGCCUUGUCCCCGCUGGCCAAAGCGAGCAGUGCCUGCAGCGACCCCGUCAUCCCUCUGGCUGAGUCCACUCUCAGUCGCAGGCUGAGCACUGUCUCCUGGAGUCCUUCCUCCGCUUGUCUCCGGCCCCAGGCUGACUCUGGGGAGGCCAGUCCCACCUGCACGCCGUGAUCAUAGCCUCACCUGUGCUGGGUCAUAUUUGCUGAUUCGCUUCUCAGCUUCCCCCUUACACUGGGAGGUCCUGGAGAUCAGGUCCUACUUCGGAUUAUUUCUCAGCAUAGAGCCCCAUGCGAUGCUCGAGGCGCCCGGGGAAAUGCUCGCUAAAUGAAGCGCUGAUUGCCAAUCCAACUUCUCUGCCUCACUCCAACCCGCACACCUGCUUCCUUGGCUCUGCCCCCCUCCACUGAGAGGUGUGCCUGCCUGGGCCCCUCUUGGGUGCCAGAAACGGGGGUGCCACCUCAUGCACUCCCAUCUGCAUCCCGUGGCACUUGUUUACCCAUCUCAAUUGCUAAGUGGGAAUAAAAACUAGCCAAGUGGUGUCAUUUAACUGCAAUAAAGCUGAGCAGUUUGUACCUACUAA